AUGAUUUUUCCACUACUAUCACAAAAAUAUUCAGAAAAUUAUAAAAUUAAGUCUCGCGUGUAUGCAAAAGUACCUGGUCUCACUCUAGUACUAUACCAUGCUUAUCCUACGUUAUAUGAACUCAAUUUCGAAGCCAUUUGUCGGUGUCAUGCGAGCGGCAGUGCUUUCGAGCUAGAAUUUCUCUAUAAUAGUCACACACUCGGAGAAAACACGUUUUACAGAAAUGAUGGUUCAGCAUUCGGCUCUGAACGAAAUUGGUGGUUUAAUCAAUUGGCAAGUAGUCAUCAUUUUGUAUGUUCGCGAUCAGAAACAGUAUACCUAGCUGCAGGCACUUAUGUACUUGAUGUUGGCGCGCGACUCAACUCCUAUAGCCAAAUCGAAGUUUUCAAUGGACAAUUGACAGUUAAAUUGACUCAAUAUGAUUCAAGUCAAACAACUUUGGGCAAUUUACCGAUGCUUCGUGUUCCGCAAUGA